AUGGCACAAGUACAGAAACCGAGGCUGGCGCAGUUCAAGCUAGUUCUUCUUGGGGAAUCUGCUGUGGGGAAGUCGUCGAUUGUGCAACGAUUUGUGAAGAAUUCAUUUGAUGAAUUAAGGGAAUCUACAAUUGGAGCCGCCUUUAUGACACAAUCGGUGAAAUUGACACCCCAAGAAAUUGGAGAAGGCGAUGGAGACGGUGUGACCAUCAAGUUUGAGAUCUGGGACACGGCGGGACAAGAGAGGUACAGGUCACUUGCGUCGAUGUAUUACAGAAACGCACAAGCUGCCCUUGUCGUGUAUGACAUCACGCAUCCGGACUCGUUGAACAAGGCUAAAUACUGGAUAAGGGAGCUACAGAAACAGGCAAACAGUGAUAUCUUGAUAGCCUUGGUAGGCAAUAAGAAGGAUCUAGAAGACCAGCGGAAAAUAUCCAAUGAUGAUGUCGUAUCGUUGGCAAACGAAUUCAAUUUGUUGCAUUUCCAAGUAAGUGCUAAAACUGGUGAGAACGUCAAUGAAAUGUUCAAAGCUAUUGCAAUGAAAAUGCCAUAUCAAUUCCAGUUGGCUAAAGGUAAAAACAGCACUAAUAAGUUUGCUGAUGGUAGUAACGGUAAUCCGAUUGAUCUAUCAAAGAGGCCAUCCACUAAUGAGCAGGAUUGUGCUUGUUGA